GGUCGGACGUCCUGUCGGUCGACUAUAUACUCAACUCGAAUCUCUUAUCAUUGCUAAAAUUUUCACCCAAUAUUCUUGAAAUCCUGACUCCGACCUGUGUCCGUGACAUUUUACGUCGUGAAGAAUUCUGAAGUAGCAUGUAACUAUGUAAGAUCUAUUUCACUACUGUACCAUUUUACCAGUUUUCUGUUUUUGUGUAGAAUUGGUUUAAAUAACUCCGAUAAAAUGGCUGUUUGGAGUUCACUGAAGCUGGGAUCGGCGAUCACCAAGUGUCUGAGGUUGAAGAAAACCGACGUGCUAAAAUCAUCUGCUCUUGUACCAACUCGUAACAUGAGUGGUCAUCAUUUAAUGGGUAUUAAGGAGACUCGUUGGCAAUGGACAAAGUUCAAGGAUUUAAUUCAUUAUUAUGUUUUGGUUGGCGUUAUUCCUUUAACUUUAUUUGUUACUGGUGUUAAUGUUUUUAUUGGACCAGCUAAAUUGGCUCCAAUUCCUGAAGGCUAUAGACCUGCGCAUUGGGAAUACCAUCAGCAUCCAAUCACCCGAUGGAUGGCACGCUAUAUUUAUCCCAGUCCACAACAGCAAUAUGAAAAGUAUCUACAUACAUUAUAUGAAGAAGAUGAAAAAUUUAAAGUCAGAAUGUUAACUCACAAAAUUGAUGAAAUGAUGAAGGAUCGAUCAGACUACAAGUCAUUUUAUUAUAGACCUAUCUCUGCUAACCAUCACAGAGUUGUCAAAGAAUCUAUGGAUCGUCAAGAAUCCGAAGGAUUAAACUAAUUAUACAUUUAUUUUGUAUAAUUAAAAUAGAAAUUAUUAAUUUUAUAGUAGGUACUAAAAAAUAUUUAUAACAUACAUUAAAAUACAAAUUAUACAUAAUAGGUUUGGAAAAAUCCAGAUGAAAUAUUGUAUUUUAUAUCUUUCAUUCAAAAAUGAUUAAAUUAAUUGUCUGGCCUGGUUUGGUCCGACUAAUGUUGUACAUUCUAUAAUCGGUUCAUAAUAUUAUUACACAUUCAAUUUUAGAUCCUGAAUUAAUGCAUUGAUCUUUCAAAGAUGUGUUAUUAUUUUUUUAAAAUUAUUAUAGCUAUUUUAUAAAAUAUUUAAAAUUUUAUACAUACCUGGGUUUUCUAUUAUUCUACAUAUUAUACCUACUACUCAUUUUUAAAGUUACAAAAACUAUUUUAUAAAUAACUAACUUAUAAUAAUUAAUAUUUCAAAAAAAACGUCAGUUAGGUCUGUCUCCAAAAUAUUAUUUUAUAUAAAUCUCAUAAUAGGUUUUUUUAUUUUAAACCACUUUUUAAUGCUGUUUCAUAAGUCUUAUGUUGACAUAUUUUUACCGCUGAUAAUGAUUGGUGUAGUGUACUCUUAAGAAAUAUUCAUCACUUAAGUCAAUAAAAUUCACUCAUAGAAUAA